CCGCACCAUCACCUGCCCGCCGGACCCCGCCGCGCGCGACCCCGCGACCCCGCUCCGGGACGCCCCCGCCUCCUCCCCCAUCGGAGCCCCGCGGCUCUCCCCCCGCUUCCUCACAGCGCCCCCUCCCUUCUCCCUCCCGGCGCCGCUUCCCGGCUCCCGCUCCCGCCGCUCUUUUCCUUUCCCCUCCCCGCGAAGUUUCGGAGCUGUCAGUCUGUCAGUCUUUCGGGCAGUCCGCUGCCGAGCUGCAGGCAGCGGGCGCCAUUGCGAGCAGAGCCGGCCGGGGCAGGAGGCCGGGGCGCCCGGGUCCCGGCAGCAUCGGGGACACCCGGCCGGCCGGCCCGCCAGGUACGGGCCGUGGAGGCGCCCGGCGGCGGGCGGCUCCGCCCGCUUCCCCUUCCACACCGACACUCAGUCCCUGCCCGCGCCGCGCAGGGUCUGUGUCCUGAUCCCCAGGAGGAGCUACCCUGGGUUGCCAUGAGAGAGACCUUCGAUGCCCUCAGCUCCCUGGGAGUCUCUGUGGGACAGCUGGAGAUGGCCCCCCAAAGUGAGCCUGGGGAGGGGUCCCAUAAUGCCCAGGAGCAGAUGUCCCCUCCCAGUGAAAAGAGAGCACUAGGCACAAGCUUAGGGCACGGGGCUCCCAGACCGGAGGGUGGCAUGCACACUGAACAAGCUGAAGCUCCCCGCAGAGGAGGCCAGGCGUGCCCACCACGGAAGGCCGAGCCUUCGGGCUCCUGCCCAGGGGGCGAGUGGAUCAUUCGGAAGGUGAAGGUGGAGGAGGAGGACCCGGAGGCAGAAGAGGAAGUUGAAUGGCCCCAGCACCUAUCAUUACACCCAGCCCCUUUUCCUGCGCCGGACCUGGGGCCUCUGGCCGCCGCCUAUAAGCUGGAGCCGGGGGCCGCAGGGGCCCUGGGCGGGUUCGCGUUGGCCGGGUGGGCCCCGACCUCGGAGAAGCCCUACGGCUGCGGGGAGUGCGAGCGGCGGUUCCGGGACCAGCUGACCUUGCGGCUGCACCAGAGACUGCACCGCGGCGAGGGCCCCUGCGCCUGCCCGGACUGCGGCCGCAGCUUCACGCAGCGCGCGCACAUGCUGCUGCACCAGCGCAGCCACCGCGGCGAGCGGCCGUUCCCGUGCUCCGAGUGCGACAAACGCUUCAGCAAGAAGGCCCACCUGACCCGCCACCUGCGCACGCACACGGGCGAGAGGCCCUACCCGUGCGCAGAGUGCGGCAAGCGCUUCAGCCAGAAGAUACACUUGGGCUCGCACCAGAAGACACACACGGGCGAGCGGCCCUUCCCCUGCACAGAGUGCGAGAAGCGCUUUCGCAAAAAGACGCACCUGAUCCGCCACCAGCGCAUCCACACGGGAGAGAGGCCCUACCAGUGCGCGCGGUGCGCGCGCAGCUUCACGCACAAGCAGCACUUGGUGCGGCACCAAAGGGUGCACGAGGCGGCCGGCCGCGCGCCGCCCUCCCCCGACGAGCCCGCCUCGCCCAGCUCGCCUGCCCGUUCCCCCACCCCGUCCCCUCCCGGGCCCAAGCCUUUCACCUGCUCCGACUGCGGCCUGAGUUCCGGCUGGAAGAAGAACCUCGCCACGCACCACAGCGUGCACCGCAGCGAGGGGCGCCUCUUUAGGUGCGACGAGUGCGCCCUGGGCGCCACCGUGGACCCUGUAGCCUCCGAGCCUGUGGCCUGCGCGCCCCGAAGCACAGCGCUCCAGGGCGCUCCCGCGAGCGAGCCGUCCUUCUUCUGCUCGGACUGCGGGCGCGGCUUCGCCCACGGGCAGCACCUGGCGCGGCACCGGCGGGUGCACACUGGCGAACGGCCCUUCGCCUGCGCGCAGUGUGGCCGCCGCUUCGGCUCGAGGCCCAACCUGGUCGCCCACUGCAGGGCCCACAGCGGCGCCAGGCCUUUCGCCUGCGCGCAGUGCGGCCGCCGCUUCAGCCGCAAGUCGCACCUGGGCCGCCACCAGGCCGUGCACACGGGCAGUAGGCCUCACGCCUGUGCCGUCUGCGCCCGCAGCUUCAGCUCCAAAACCAACCUGGUCCGCCACCAGGCUAUCCACACGGGCUCCCGCCCCUUCUCCUGCCCUCAGUGCGGCAAGAGCUUCAGCCGCAAGACCCACCUCGUGCGGCACCAGCGAAUCCACGGCGAAGCCGCCCAGCCAACCACCGUUGCUGACGUCCCGGCCCCAAACUGGCCCACUGCCGCAGAGGUGGCAGCGCCCCGGCCCUUCUUCUGAGCUUCAUUCUCUUCUGGGCCUUUCCGGGCUCACUGGUUUGAGAGAUCCCUGCACGAGAUCUCCUGGGCCCGUGAACACAAUGACCUGGCCUGCUGCUUGCCCUGGGUCCCUGCCGGCCAUUUUCCUUCCCUCUCUACCUUACUGGGCAGAAGUCCGGAGGAUCACCAGCUUUGACAUUCUAUGCCCAAGAUGAUGCUAAGAGUGAACCCUUACUGGGAACAGUUCAGGCAUGCAUCCUUGGAAAACUCCCACCAGGAGACCCCCAUGGGGAAGCAGAUAUUUCCUGGCCCCUGGCCCCUGGCCAAGGACCGACCGGGUCAGGAGCCUUUACAGGGGAAGAGAAAUAAUAUUUAUCUGUGUACUUACAGUGUCAUUAAAAUCAAGAUCUGAA